AUGCUGGGCCGGUUACUAAGUACUGCAGCUUCCACAUUGAACCCGGCGGCUUAUUCUGCAAAAAAUCCUCAUCAACUCGAGUCCGUCACCGAGGAAGAGCAUACCUCUGGCCUUCUAUUCCCUGAUGCAAGCCUUCUCCGUCGCUCGAAUACACACGCUUAUCCUCUUCAUACGGCUUUCAAUUCCCCGAAUGCUUCUACCGCCGGUGCCUAUGAUGAUCGGGGAGGGGUUGACUUGGAUCCUACUAAGGACUUUCGUGUAAUCAUCGCUCAGAAUGCGCUUGGAGAUAGGGAUGCUUGCGUGCUACUGGAUACUCGUGCUAGUUCGGAGCCUGCCACCUAUGGCCUUGGACUGGAACCUCAGGCAUUUGAAAGCUCGGGCAUACGGCAUGCUCGUACGGUCUCGAAUCUGACCCGGGGACCUCGACGAGGCUACUUGUCUCAGUCAUCGACAGUGGAACCAAGUCCGCUUUCCUUUGCUGCAGAAGCCCGCAGAUCUCCACCAAUGUCGUCUGGUGCUUUUAUGCGCGCCCGUGGUCGCAGCUCCACGUUAUCACCCGCUGGCGGCCCUCACGAUCCUGGUUAUUCGCGUCAUUCGACGGAUUCGAACGAUGCUGGUCUAUUGAACUGUAUCUUUGGCAGCAGUGCAUUCAGCUAUCGAGGAUCCUCUACCAAGAUGCACAUUAUUACUGCCGAUGACGAGCCUGGUAGGACUGCGAGCGCCUCUCCCGCCUCCCGCAAUUCUUUUACUCGAGCCUACACUACCGGGAGUUCAUCGGCCUUCGUGAAUUCGAACCGCGGGAAUGACGGAAAACCACCGUCAAAAGUGACCAUUCUUGUAACGCGGAUGUUUAGCGUCAAUCUGCCGGAGGCGGGUGAAACCUCUCCAGACAGACAAGACCUUGCUGCUUCCUUGUAUCAAGAAUCACUUCCAGAAUCCGGCUUCCCGUUCCCCGACCUCACUAAGCGCAAAAAGAUCAAAGAGAAGAAAACCCCAAUGUACGCCGUGGCGAUCACGAUCCAAAUCCCUCUUCUGGGUCGCAAUGUCGGUCGUCCUGUUUCUCGGUUCAGCAGCCAAGGCUCUGACUCGCCCAAGCCAGGGAUGUCGUGCUCGUUAGAUUCAGACUACCGCUGGCGCACUGGGUUCUUAGACGACAGUUUGUCACUUGCUUCCCCUCCAGCAAGCCUGGACGAAAGAAUUGAUUUGCUAGUGGACCACUGGGAUGUCGUUAACCGCACCUUGUCGCAUCUGGAGAGACUCUCGCGGAAAGAGAUCUUAUUCCUCCUGAAAAAGGUGGAUUCAUCGUCUGGAAUACACCCGAAGCCAGCUAAACCUCCGAAUAUGCAACGAACAAAUCAAACUAUAAUUCACUUGCCCGCGAACAUCUUAGCGGUGAAUUCAAAGCUUCGGGAAGAGGCUAUUCGCAGUACCCGCCGUAUCAGCACCGCUCUUCAAACUCCAUAUGUGGUAACAGGACAAAGUCGGUGGGGCGUAUGGCGCGAGGAAGGCCGUUCGAUUGUUCGCAGUCUUGGGGACAAAGACCACAGUUUCUUCUUCCUGGUGCUCAUUACCGCGUUCUUAGGGAAUCACACAGAGUGGCUCAACGCACUAGGCCCAGAAUGGUGGCGACGCCGGCACUACAUACAGCAGAAGGCCCAACAACAGGACUCUGAUCCAAUCCUAGCGAACCGUACUGUAAUUAUUUCCCCCGACAAGAUGACUGCUCGUCGGCUUAUAUUUUUGCUCUCUGCGUUUCUUCCCCCCAAGCAGCGCUUUGAGCCUCUUCCGUCACCCAUUCGACCUGGCACCUCUUCCUCAAUGCGUGCUGUCUCACAAAGUCCGCCCAAUGUCCCCGUCCUACGGCAGGAGUCUCUGCGCAGAGCCAUCGAAAGACGGUCUCGUGCACAACGUUUGAAUCUCGCUGAUAGAGAUCAACACCAGCGAUCUGUGAGCGUGUCAUCAAGUGAAACCGCACACCGCUCAACAGAUGAUACCGAGACCGCUGUACCAAUGGAGUUCGCAGCAACCAGGAGAGGGUCCGAUGCACGUUCCAUUAGAACAUUAGGGGUCCCUAUACACGCGAAGGAUGCGCGCAGCAAGAACACCAGCACCGCAACAACAUCCACUGCAACCCCUGGUAGCACUGUUCCUGUCCCGCAUUUUGCUUCACAGAGUCGGUUAGAACGGGAUAGGCCGGACCACUCAAUGCAUGAAGGGGUUGAUAGCCUGGCAUCUGAGAACCUGCUGAAGAAUUUGAAGAGGAGUGAAAGUUCGGUGUUGAGUACUAACAGUAGUGUACCUUCAACUACUGGCCGAUGGGGUAGCCUGUUCUCUGGAUUAUGGAGCUCACGCCAGGAGUCAUCCGCCGGAAGCAGCGAAGCCGUUUCGCCAGUUGAGAUCCGCAGGCGCUCUGUCUCUGGAUAUACACCGCUGCCGAAACGAGGUCCUCCUACCUUAAGUCAAAUGGUAAAAGAGGUUUCGACUGAAAUACCUGAAGAAGUGCCUAAAGUAGCCACAAGUGGCAAUAUUUCCAUCCCUCACUCCAAUACUCAACAUCUCGAGGAAGAUGUGCCGGAUCUUUCAUUACCGGUUGGUCAUAACAGAGAGUCUUCUUUGAAAUUAUCCGUACGGGGCGAUGACGGAAUUGUCGACGUUGACCUUCCGUUGCCUGGCUUUGUCUCGCUUUCUUCAUCAGGUGACUCUACCAUGACAUCGCCGAAGAAGACGCGGACCUCAGUAACUAGUGUGGAUGCCGUAGCAUCUACGCACAGCAGUGGCUCAGGCUUCCCUUAUGCGCCUAGAGAAAACGAUGGGCCUAAUAUCAAUGUUGCUGGCUGGCUGAGGAGCUUUCAUGAAGACUUUCUGCUUCAAGCAGUACGGCCUUAUUCAAGCUUGGAAGCCGAUGUGAAACGCGCAAUGCAAGCUGAGCCUACCCCAAGCCAUGCUUUUUCCUCUGAAGCGGAUGGGUCGGAGAGAUGGGUAGAUGUGGCUACGACGCUAAUCGCUGACGCAAGAACUUUCACGGUUAAGCGACUGCGCCUCAGACGGAAAGCUAUCAACAAUGUCUUUUGGCGAAGCCCUACUCCACCUCCCAUUUCUCAGCCUGGUACCCCUCGUCACAUCCCUGGAGGUUCUAUUUCGUCUUCCAGCAAAACAUCUACUAUCUCUCCCAUAGAAGGUUACGAGCCCGACGAAUUCGAGGAGCGUUUCGUCGAAGAACCAGUCAUGGAUCUGGACGGCACGCUGGUUGAUGCACUUGAACGUGUUCUUGCUCAAAGCGGCCCAUCGUCUUUGGCUCACUCUCGGGCACCGUCUCCGUCGCGGGCUCGCAGGGGCGAUGAUAAGGGCACAUCAGACGCAGCGAAUCGGGAUGAGGCCCAGGUUCCUUCUCUUGAGGUUCCUCGCACUGAAUGUCGCAAGCUCGUCCUGGGGGCACUUGAAGAAGUUGUUCGCAGUGUGACCACUGAGCAUUGUCGGGAUGAUGUUGACGGGGAGCUUGCUAUGGCAGAUAGGGAACGCAAGCGUUCAUUAGCUGGACCUGACAAUACGUUGAGAGAAGGUGUGCGCAGGUGGCUUCUUGACGUUGAAGAGGCUUGGUGA